CCACCAAAGAAAGCUUUUGAAACAGAGCGGUGUUGUUACUUGUUACAGUCGUGAGAGGAGGAGAGAUAAAAGAAAAACACUACAAUCUGGAGCUUUAAUUCAUGUCGGCCAUUUCGUUUUUCGUCUUCAACUCAUAACCGAAGAAAACCCUAAUUUCUGCCAUGGAAGGAGGAGGAGAAGGAGGAACUAGCUCUCCACAAGUGAAACCCUUCAAAUUUUCUGUUUAUCAAAACCCUAAUCUUUCAGCAGCCUUAACAGCAACGAGUAUUCGCCCUUCAAAAUCAACUUUGUUAUCCAUAUUUUCUGUAUCAGCUAUUUCUGCAGUCGCCCUUAUCAGCAUUGUCUUCAGGGAAGAAGGAAUUAUCAAUAAUUGGAAGCCAAAAUAUGUUUCCACUACCACAGCUCAUGUGUUUACAAAGAUGACAGGGAUCAUGGUUGGUCUGGUGUUCAUUGGAACAUUGUCUGCCCUUAUUCGAGCUUUCUCCCUGUGGAGAACCAAAGGCAUUGCUGCUUUCUUUGCUGUGGGUUCUGAAGGAUUACCAAAGGAGCAACAACCUCUCACAACUCGUCAAUUGGGACUUCUGGGAGUAAAAUCAAAAUCUGUUGAGAGAGUUGACUCUGAUUCUGCGAAGAAACCCCCUAAGUCAAGAACUUAUGUUCCACCUUCUCCUUCAGAUGUUCUUGUCCCAAUUCAUCAACCAGCCUCUAGUCCAAAUUGUCGUGUUGGUGUUCAGAAAUCAAUAACUGCCUCUGGAACUAAGUCAGGUUCAUCCUAUAAGCCAUCCAACUCCCCGAGUUCGACAUCUUCUCUCUACCUUGUACCUUCAGCUUCUCCACAGACACCAUCAAUUCAAACGUCACCUGGUGCAGAUUGGGUUCUCUCGACCCCAUGGUCAAAGCAACAAUCAUCAGCUUCAAAAGUUAUCAUGUCAGAGGAAAGUCUUGAGCAGUUCUUGGCGGAUGUAGAUGAAAGAAUCACAGAAUCAGCAUCAAAAUUGGCCACGCCUCCAGCGUCCCUUGAUGGUUUGAAGUUGAACAUAACUACUCCUACUAUGGUUACUAAUUCAGCUAAUACAUCUGGAAUCAAGAGGAGUACACCACUAAGGCCUGUUAGAAUGUCCCCUGGUUCUCAGAAGUUCAGUACUCCACCUAAGAAAGGAGAGGGUGAUCUUCCCCCACCAAUGUCAAUGGAAGAGUCGAUUGAUGCUUUUGAUCAUUUAGGCAUCUAUCCUGAAAUUGAGCAGUGGAGAGACCGCCUCAGGCAAUGGUUUUCAUCAGUUUUAUUAAAUCCAUUACUGGACAAGAUUGAAACUAGUCAUCUUCAGGUAAUGCAAGCUGCUGCAAAGCUUGGUAUUUUGGUCAGUGUCAAUCAAGUGGGAAGUGAUUCUCCAAGUACUGGAGCUCCUACUGUAUCCUCGGGUGAUGGUACAAAAGAAUGGCAACCAGCAUACUCUCAGGAGGAGAAAGAGCAACUUCAUAAUCUACGCGCUACUCUUGUACAGUCUCUUGAAGGCUAUGGCUCCAAAUUUCCUUCAAGUAUUAUGCAACAAUCACAGCAGCAAAUCUCUUUGAUACAGGAGUGUGUAGAUGCUAUCACUGAGCACCAGAGGCUUCACCAACUUAUGAAAGGAGAGUGGGUUAAAGGUUUGUUACCACAAAGUAGUGUUCGGGCCGACUACACAGUGCAAAGGAUUCGAGAGCUUGCCGAAGGAACUUGCUUGAAGAGCUAUGAAUACCUAGGAACUGGCGAGGUUUAUGACAAGGUGAACAAGAAGUGGACUCUGGAGCUUCCAACUGAUUCUCACUUAUUGUUGUAUCUAUUCUGUGCAUAUCUAGAGCACCCGAAAUGGAUGUUACAUGUAGAUCCAACAUCCUAUACAAGCACACAAUCAAGCAAGAACCCUUUAUUCUUAGGAGUUUUGCCUCCGAAAGAGAGAUUCCCUGAGAAAUAUCUGGCUGUCAUAUCUAGCGUGCCCUCUGUUUUUCAUCCCGGAGCUUGUAUAUUAUUUGUUGGGAAGCAAAGCCCUCCUCUUUUUGCCCUGUAUUGGGAUAAAAAGCUGCAGUUUUCUCUCCAAGGAAGAACGGCGUUGUGGGAUGCAAUUUUAUUAUUCUGCCAUAGAAUCAAGGUCGACUAUGGAGGCAUUGUUCGUGGUAUGCACAUCAGUUCCUCUGCAUACAGCAUCCUGCCUAUUCUUGAUUCAGAAACUGAAGACUAACUGGAUGUUGAAUACACUAUAACCUAGAGGCUCAAUUUGCCAUCACCGUCUUUUCUCUUUGCUUUAUGUCUGUUUUACUCGCCGAAUUUUGUUGUAACGAAAUACCAUUUGGAUAGUUCUAUGCAAACCUUAACAUCCCCUACAAGCGCAACAUUUCCCAGAUAUUCUAAUAUACCUAUGUGCUAGUGC